CCCACCCCCACCCUCAGCAGUAUUUCAACCUCCCCAGUCCCCACGCUCUUCAGUUGCAUUUUCUACUCCCCCCUCGCCUGCUGAGUGUAUUUCAGUUUUCUUCUUCUGCUAAGCCCAGAUAAGAUAAGCUGAGACGAGUCGUCGUUGUCAAGCUUCUGGUGGAAGUUCUCCAGUAUAUCAGCAAGAAGAUGAAGAAGAAAGGCAGUGGACAAAAGAAAUCUGUAGUUGAGGGCUUACCUCCAGGGUGGACCAAGGAAAUAAGAAUCAAGAAGAAGUGUGGCAAGACUAGGAAAGACCAGUAUUAUGUUGAUCCUGAGAGUGGGCAACUCUUUCGCUCUUUGAAGGAAGUUUAUUGCUACCUUGAAACUAAAGAUUGUAGGCAUAAGACUGAACUUGAACUGAAUGAUCAAGGUCUCAACAACAUGCAAGCUGCAGGUUCUUCUUCAACUCUACCUUUUGAAGGUGAAGAACUAAAAGCUACUGCAGAUGAUGAACAGCUUGGUGUUGAUGAGAAUCUCGAGUUGGUUGGCAAGGAAGAGAAAGUCGUGAUGCCCAUCAGCACAGAAUGUUGCACCUCACCACCCUCUGCAAUCACUUGUCACCACUAUCAUAUAGACAAAGAAAAUGCAGAGGUGGAAGAAAAACUUGGAAACAAAACCAUUCUUAGUAGAAAGAACAAGUUGCGUGAGAGCAAAAGGCCCCAUUUACCCAUCAGAGUUUCCAAGCGCCUUGCUGGCAUUAAAGACAACCCUUUGUUGGAACAGAAAAUGAAUAGUCAUCAAGGACUAGCUGUUGCAAGGCAGGAGGGUCAAACAAAAGAUGGAAUUACUGAUAUUUCCAUAGAGGAUACCCCCGGGAGCGUAAAGAAACAAGAAGGUGACUCUUCCUCCCUGGGAAAGCUUAUUUCCUUUGAAUCAUCAUCAUCUCCAUCAUUACAGAUGAAGGAUAUUUGGAGCGAUCCAUGCAUAGAAUUUGCCAUCAAAACUUUGACUGGUGAAAUUCCAUGCAUGGGAGAAGAAGUGAAGAGAGUGGAGGAGACAACCCCACAGUCCUCCCUUAGUUCAUCUGCUGUGAAUCGCCAGUCGUCUUCUUUUGGGGCGGAAAUGGCGGCAUUUGGUGGUGGUAGAGGCAUAUUCGCAGAUCCAUGCAUUGAAUUUGCUGUGAAGAUCCUUACUGACGAAAUUCCACUCAGUAGCAUUGAUUUUUCGGCAUUUGUGAAGCCAUCAGAAUACGUUCGGCAGCCACAGCAGGGGCCUCCCCCUCCCCCUCCCCCUCCUUCUGCAUGACACCAUAACUGCUGGGUAACUAAGUUCGGCUCAAACCAACCCAUGUUGUGAACCCCUUCGAAAACUCUCCUAGGUCUGAGUCCGUAUUUCUAACACUUCUGUCAGUUUGAAGCAGAAUUUGUUCUAAGUAACUUCACCUCGACACAUUAGUCUGACUGGUUGCCCCAUUGCAAUUGACGGGUUUGCUUGUUAGAAAAUUUGAUUUUAUCCAUCCUCAUCCCAAAGCCACCAGACUCUUGCAUGUUCUCUAGGUGGAAAUUAUCAAGCUUAUCAGCAAGGUGAUGAUGAAGAAAGGAAGUGGACAAAAGUAUUAUGUUCAUCCUGAGAGUGGGCAAGUCUUCCGCUCUUAGAAGGAAGUUUUUUGCUGCCUUGAAACUAGUGAUUGUUGGUAUAAGACUGAACUUGUCUUGAAUGAUCAAGAUCUCAACAACAUGCAAGCUGCAGGUUUUCUUUCAUCUUUACCUUCUGAAGGUGAACUACUAAAAGCGGCUGAAAACAAAGCAGAUCAUGAACAUCUCGUUGUGCAUGGGAGUUUCGAGUCAGUUGGCAAGGAAGAAAAAAUUGUAAUGCCCUUCAGUACCGAAUGUUGCAUCUCACCACCCCCUGCAAGCAUUUGCCACCACCACUCCUUUGUAGCACGUGAAGAAUGCCAACUUGUUGUGGAUCAUAUAGCCAAAGAAAAUGAAUAGUUGCAGAAAAAACUGGACAUAAAAUCAUUCCAAGUAGAAAGAACACGUUGGGUGAGAGCAAAGGAUUCCACUUACCCAUCAGAGUUUCCAAGCGCCUUGCUGGCAUUAAAGCUGACCCUUCCUUGGAGCUGAAAAUAAGUAGUCAUCAAAGCUUAGCUUCGCAUGGCAGAAGGGUCAAACAAAAGCUGGCAUUACUGGUAUUUCCAUGGUGGAUACCCCUGGGAAUGAAAAGAAACAAGAAGAUGCCUCUUCUCUCCUGGGGAAGCUUCUUUCUCCUAAACCAUUAUCAUCUUCAUCAUUACUGAUGAAGGAAAUUUGGAUGAAACCAUGCAUAGAAUUUGCCAUAAGAACUCUAAGGGGUGAAAUCCCAUGCAUAGGAGGAGAGAAGAGAGCGGAUGAUACAACCCCACAGUCCUCCCUCAGUUCAUCUGCUGCAAAUCGCCAGUUCUCUUCUUCUGGGGCAGAAAUGGCUGCAUUUGGUGAUGUUGGAGGAGGCAUAUGGGCAGCAGAUCCAUGUAUCGAAUUUGCUGUGAAGAUCCUAACAGGCAAAAUUCCAAUCAGUAGUGUUGAUGUUUCUGCACCUGAGAAGCCGUCAGUAUAUGCUCAGCAUCUGCAGCAGUGCCUCCUCCUGCAUUCGGCUCAAACCGACCCAUAUUGUGAACCUCUUAAAAAACUUUCCUAGGUUGGGUAUCAAACUAUUGUUGUAACUUGCAACUGCUGUAAGAGUUUUAUGUGUUAGUUAUGCUUCAAUGUGGGUCGAUUGAUUGUGUGUGUGGGGGGGCCAUUUUUAGGCAGUUAGACUAAGUAACUUGUUUGAUGUGGGCCAAGUUCUUUGUUUUGGAGUAAUAUAUAAACAACAAUGUUUCAUGUGUCUUAAGUUUUUCUUUUCAUUCUUCAUUUCGGG